AGACGCAGAUACCACGAACCAAGCAUUAACUGCUAUUCCGGGUGUUAGUGAAAUGGAAGUGAAGGAUGCCAAUGCUGCUAUGCUCAGUAACUAUGAGGUGUUCAAGCUCCUGACCGAUCUGAAAGAACAGAGAAAGGACACUGGGAAGAACAAACACAGCACUGGACAACAGAAUCUCAACACCAUAAUGUAUGAGACGUUAAAGUACCUUUCGAAUACACCGUGCAGCAGACAGAACCCAGAGAUUGUCAAGAACUUCCUCACCAAAAUGUUGCCUCACAAACUCACCAAGGCUGAGAAGCUCCAGCUGCUGAACCACAGACCAGAAACUGCAGUUGAGAUCCAGCUGAUGGUAGAGGAGAGUGAAGAGCGAUUGUCUGAGGAGCAGAUUGAGGAGCUCAUUCAGAAGGUCACAGACAUUCUCCCUGGUGACCCAGAACAAGAAGCCUCUGCACCUGGUAAUGACGUAGAGAUCACUGAAGAAAAGGGUACUGACCAAUAGUCACAAGCCCUGAUUGAGUUUCAGUUGAUGACUGAGAAAAAGAUGCUGUGAUGUUGCUGAUGCAUUGUUUCUUAACUAAUAUAUUCUGGAAUCCACUCUUAAAUAAGUUAUUUUCCAGUCCAGUGUUCUUAUGUACAGAGAAUGGAACAUAAUCAAACAGAAACCUAGACUUAAACUGAAAGAACAGUAACCUGUCCUCCUUUAAAGUGUACAGUUUGUAUUAGAUGCCAUCCAAUACCGUGUUGUAAAAGACUGAAAAACCUGUUUUGUAUUGUAUUUAACCUACAAGAAAAUCUAUAAAAUGUAUAUUAUUUUCAAUUCAUUAGCCUAAUAAAAACAAAAGCAUUUCUAAU